CUUCCCACAUACGCCUCUCUGACACCUUCUAAACACACACACACACACAAUGACCAGACCAACCGCCCAGAUUGUAUCGUUGCUUGCCAAAUAUACUCCGUGUGACGUUUCAGAUGCGUUGGUGAACUUUGGACUGAAGACCGGCGGCUACAUUCCCAAUCUUGUGUUGCGCUCGGCAACGUCGUCUCAGGUGGCAGGGACCGCUUACACGGUGUUGUACGCCCCUAAAUCAGACCCAAGACCCGCAGUAAAGCAAUCAUAUAUCGACGAGAUCCCGGAAAAUAGUGUGUUGGUGAUUUCUCUCCCACUUCUGUGUCAACGAGCUUCCGCGCCAUACGUGACCGUGAACAAUGCUCUCUAUGGAGGACUCAUGUCCACGAGAGCACAGUACCGUGGGGCCAAUGGUCUGGUAGUAUUGGGUCGUAUCCGUGACUUGGAUGAACAUGAAGAGUUGGGAUAUCCGGUGUGGUCGUAUGGUGUAGGCAGUACGGCCCCAGGGCCCGUGGCGAAAGUGGUUGGAAUCAACGUUCCAUUGGAGGUACAAACUGGCGAGGAAUUGGCCACGGAUGAGACCAACAAUGAUGACCAAUCAAAUGUAGUCACCAUCAAUCCUGGGGAUUUUGUGGUGGGUGAUAAGAAUGGCCUUGUAGUAUUGCCCGCAUCCUCUUCUGAAUUCGUCUCCCAAGUGGUUGAGUACAUCCCCAAGAGAGUUGAGGCUGACAAACAUGUCAGUGAGGACAUAAAAAGGGGCAAGGGGGCUGCAGAGUCUCAGAAGUUUUGGAGAAGCAAGAUCUAAGUGAGAUAGUAUAUAUACACCCAUAUGAUAUGUUUUACACAC